AUGAGUAUGAUACCGAUCCAGUAUAGCCUCGCGGCUUGGGGUGGUGGCCACGACGGAGAUGUCCGCGAUGCGGAACAGACCGCUUACCUCCACCGAACUCGACACUACCUCCACGCCUUUUGGCCGAAAGAGUGUGAAAAGGCGGGAGACACCUCAGGUAUCGCUUGCAUGAUGGUGCUGGCAAGACACAUGAACAACGGUAUCACCGACUACAACGAGGUUAUCCCAAAUCAAGAGGGUUCCGGAUCGAUCAGACUGGAGGAGGAAAAGCGCAACCCGCUGCUGCGACUGUCAUGGAAGGCGGUCCCCCUGCAGACAAGCCAGCAGUACGAGAUGCUCAAGAAGGAGAUGGUUCAGGUGGAUGGCAACUACAAGAACCAAUACUCCUUUGACUUUUGGAACAACUCGGAGUUGAUGAGCAAGACCCUCUGGAACCGACAAACGUAUCGCCUCUUUGGUUCGAUGAUGGCGAAGAGCGAAACCGCCGCAUGGGAGGCUGCAGAGUCACCCCGAUCCCAAGUCAUCGAGAUCGACAACGCCAGGACCGGAAAGACCGGUUUUGACGUGUUCGCAGCCAUCAAAGAGAAUUGUGGUUCCUUCCCGCUCGAGGGUACGGAGACUGGAGAGCGAUUGGACUUCGCCUGGUGCCCGGAGGUCAUUAGAGUCCGAUACACCCCCUCAGCCCGCGACGAAAAGCAUCUGGACGCUCUACAUUCCUUCAACGUCAAGCUACCCUAUGGCGUAGACUUUCCGGAGAAACAGAAGUAUGAGCAGUACAACCUCACGGCAGCGGUCCGACUCAGAGGAGCCGGUGUCUACCAGGAUGAUAAGAGGGACCGCAUCCGACUCUUCGCGGCAGGCGGCCACGACAUCUACCCAGAGGAUCCCUCCCCCUACGCCGACAUGAAGUGGGACAUUGCCGAGUACGGCCACACGUACUGCCUCUAA